AUGGGCAAGCGCGCGUCCGCGCCCACGCGCGAUGCGACGCCGCCGACGACGACGAAGAAACCGCUCGGCGUGAAGGACCUGUCAAAGUUCAAGGGACGGCGCUUCGGCGUGGACGAGUCAAAGUGCACCAUGUUCAUUCGGCAGUGGCGAUGGAAGCGAGAGAUGAAGAGCGACCGAGAGCGCUUCGAGGAGGCGUACGAGUACCCGUCGAACGCGAUGACGACUCAGAUUUCAUUGAAACAGCGCAAGUAUUCGACGAAGACGUCCGUUCACGGGUUCGCGUCGACGGUGUGGGACUCGAGCAUCGUAUUGGCCAAAUACGUCGAGCGAACGCUCGGCGGAGCGUCCUCGUCGUCCGUGAAGACGGCGCUCGAGCUCGGCUCGGGGUGCGGUUUAGUGAGUUGCGUUUUAUCGCGAAUCUGUCAAAUCCCAACCGUCGUCGCGACGGAUUUGGAGCACAAUUUGGAUUUGUUGAGAGAGAAUUUGGAACGAAACGCGCCGAGCGCGUCGUGCGCCGCGCUCGAGUGGGGAAAAGACGCCGCGUUAGGGAACGUCAAGUUCGAUCUGGUCGUCGCGAGUGACGUCGUUUACGUCGAGGAGGCGAUGCCCGCGCUCGUGGAAACCUUGAAGCGUUUUUGCACGCCGAAACACACUAGAGUCGUCUUCGCGUACGGCCGUAACCGUCAGGCGCUGGAGACGUUUCUUAAACUCUCUCGAGACGCCGGUUUCAGCUCCCCGAGGUCGAUUUCAAAGACGACCGAGUGCGAUGAGUUAUGGACGUGCACGGACGUGGACUUGAUCGAGCUCGAGCUCGAGCGAUGA